GUGCCAGUAAACAUCUGUAGAGUAUGGUGUAGAGUGUAAAGUGACUGUCUGACUAUCUGAAAGCAAAAGUAAAUAAAUAAAGUUGACAGUUUUUUCCUGAAAGCUUUUUGUAUUUACUGAAAGUCCAGAGACCAAUACUGUCCAAUUAUGCAUGCUCUUUAAUUAUUAAAGACAGAUUCUGGAUAAUGCUACAUUGAUAUUGUUCAAGCACCAUAUGUCACUCAGUGCAAACAAAUAAAAAGCUAUAAAGGCCAGAUUAUUUGAUAAAAUGUCAGGAACAAUUUUGAGAUUAAAAUUUCAAGAUCAAAAAAGAUUUAUUCAGUGUUUGGUUGAGCAUACUUAUGAGCAUUUAUUGUGUGCAGGGUAUUGAUCCUUAUGAAGAGCCAAACCCAGAAAAGUGGCCAACACAGCAGGUGCGAUUGCAAUUAAUCGAUGAGUGUCGGCAGAAUUCGCUGGGACCUUUCUUUGUGAGCCUGGUAGGGACACAGUAUGGAGCUGCAUGUUUACCAGAGCAGGUGGUGCUUUCUGAGUUUCUCACCGUGCUGCAGGUUUGCCAGGAAAUGGGAUUCAGCACUGAAAUCCUCGAGAAAUGCUACAGAAGGGAUGAAAACACCAUACCCCCUUCAUUCUGCCUACUAAGUCAACAUGAGUAUUAUAAAUAUAAUUCCCAGCAAAGAAUUGACCAGCAUGAUUGGAAUGAUGUACUUGCAAAUUUGAGGAAAACCUUAAAUGAUGUUAUCACCAAAAGAAUUCUGGAAAACAGUAUUGACCUUGAAAAUGCUCAGAAAUAUUUUAGGUCAGGGCUUGAAAAUGACCUCCGGUUUGCACUGGAUGACCAACCUGGUACUCAUAUCAAAAGAUGUCUUUGUUAUGUUUAUAAAGCUGGUAAAAAGCCCGGCCAGAGCAAGAAAGGAAACAAACCAUAUUCAGAACAAGAUCAGUUGUUUCGACUGUCACAACUCUGUGAUAAUUUCCUACCAAACCUGGUUAGAUCCCACCAGGCGCUUAUAUAUACCAUGACUAACAACAAUAGUGAGUGUGAUGAUAAACAAAGCUACGCUGAAGAACUGAGACACCAGCUUUAUUCGGAUCUCAUAGGUCUUAUAGACAAAUCUAUUGUGACGAAGAAAGAUCAAAUCAUUGAUUCAUUUCCCCAGCAGAGAAACUUGUGUCACAUUCUUUCCAGUCUAUACAGAAUUGAUCGCACAGAAGUCAGCCAUAUCAGGGCUUACUUGGAGAAAGAGACAACAUCUCCAUUUAUUCUAAUUGGUGGGCCAUGUACAGGCAAGAGUGUACUUUUGGCCCACUGUGCAAGUCAGAUUCAAACAUGGAUGAAGGACCAGAACCCUGUGAUUAUUACACACUUUGUAGAUUUUAAUAGCUCUUUAAAACUAAUUCUCAGUGGCAUAUGCCAACAAAUUGCUUCAUGCCACAAUCAGCAAGAAAAUACCUGUCUCAAAGACAUCUUUCAAUUGAAGGAGACUUUCACCAACCUCCUUAACACAAAUUCACAGUCUCCAAAUCAUCUAAUUCUCAUUAUAGAUGGGCUUGACCAAAUGCCUGAACAACACAGACCACUGGACAUAACCUGGCUUCCCAAGAAACUACCAUCUAAUGUUAAGCUCCUAAUCUCAUCUACACCAACAAAGUCUGGGUUUCUCGCUGCUAUAAAGAGGUAUUACUCAGAUACCUCGCUGAUUUGUGAACUACAACCAGUAAAUAGCAAGAACUGCAGCCAGAUGCUGACAAGUCUCCUUCUGGCUCAUAACAGAAAGAUAACAUCGGGCCAACAAAUGUAUGUAAAUCAGGUUUUUAAAAAAUGUGCUAUCCCAUUGUUUGUAGAGCUUCUCUACAGACAGGUGUCUUGCUGGGGUUCAGAUUCAGAGAUCACACCUGACACUUUAGUUCCAGGGGUUCACGUGAAUAUUGGUCGGUUCUUAGACUACCUUGAGGAAAAGCAUGGUAAAGUAAUAGUUGCAAGAAGUCUAGAAUAUCUCACCUUGUCCAGGUUUGGUUUGACAGAGACUGAACUGACUGAUAUUCUGUCUUGUGAUGAUGAGGUUGUACUAUCAUUCCUUCCAGCAGAGGACAAUGCACCAUAUAAGUUAAGAGUCCCAGAGAUUGUUGUUGAGAGGUUACUGUUAGACCUGAGGGGGUUCCUGAAAUCACAAAACAUAUUAGGUACACAAACUCUGUUCUGGGUCAGCAGACACUUUAUCUUAGUCAUCCAUAAGCGAUACCUGGGGUUAGACCGUAAACAGAAAUUGCACUCUUUGAUAGCAAACUAUUAUAGUGGCCGGUGGGCAUGCGGUACUGCCAAGCCAUUGCUCAUGGCUGCAAGCCCUGACCAAAUUACCAUACCAUUGAAGAUUUAUGCUGACAGGCAAGUUCCUGGUCAACCUUGGACAUUCCAGCCCUUUGUUUCCACUGUGACUACGAAUGUUUCAUCUAAGUGUGCACACCCCAAUCUAAGGAAAUUGCAGGAACUGCCUUUCCAUUUACUGGAGAGUGGAAAUAUUAAGGAGCUUGUUAAAGUUAUGAUGUCUCCAGAGUUUCUUAAUGCAAUGUUUUGUGAAACAUUAGUAGAUGAGUUGAUAUUCUGGCUAGAAAAGACAUCUCAAAUUGUGUUUUCCCGGGAACUCAGACUCCUAAUUUGUCUACUAAAAAGUUCAACUUGUAUGCUAAAGAGCUGCCAUGCGGACUUGGAUUUGGUAAUGCAGGCCAAACUUUUCCCUUUCUUUAAGGCUCUUCCUGAAUUAAAAGAAAUUAAUAAUCAGGCAGGACAUGAUGGUUCAGUGGGAGAUCUUGGGGUGAAAAUGAUAUUAUGUCCCACACCCUCAGUACCUGCCAUGCAUUGUGCAUUGCCAGCAGUAGCGGUAUCUCCAAUUAUUAAAGCAGCUGUGUCUCAGUCUGGCCAUGUGGUAGUAAUUCAGAACAAUGGAUCUGCUUGGGUCUGGAAUGGAAGUGAUUCUGAAGGAUACAGAAUCAUCCAGUCCUCUGAACUACACUUUACAGAUGUCAAAUGUUCUCAGAAUUUAUUCAUUCUCUCCACAAAGACUGGCAAGCUCAUAUCAUUAGACUUCAGUGCUCUGCCAUACCUUCAGGAACUUCAAAUCCAACACACAAAACAACAACCGAUGGCCAUUGAGGGUGUACUAAUGUCCAGUGGCAAAAUAUUUGUUUUCUCAAAGGAAGGCGAUUCUGUCUGUGUGUUUGCUGAAGGAAUAGAAAUUGCUCCAGUCCAUUGCUCCUAUGGUAUAACAUGCAUGACUUGUGAUGGUGACUUGAUUUAUUGUGGACUAAACGAGGGUACUGUCAGAAUAAUUGAUUCUCUAAGUGGUAAUCUUUUGGCUUCCUUUACUUGUUCAUCGGGUACAGCUUUGUAUGCUCUCAUCCUUCACAAGAAUGAAGCAACAAUAACAUGUAUAGACUGCACAGGAAGCGUGUUUGUAUGGGACCUCAAAAAUAUCAACAAGCCUGUAUUUGUUACAGUGAGGCUUAGCUGCAAUGAUAAAAAGGUGUGUAAUAUAGACCACUUAAAAAGCAAACUUCUUGUAUGUAAAAGUCAACAGAUUGAAUUAAUUCAAGGAUAUUUGUUAUCUGCCAUAGACCAUUUUAACGCACCUAAGGGUAAAUUGUUUGUGCAAGCAAUUCUGGAUCGUGAAGCACAUUUCAUCAUUGCUUUGAUGGAGAACUGCCCAUUUCUUUUGGUCUGGAAUUGGGUCUCAGGUCAAUGUCUGUUAAAUCUUGACAUUAGAAGUAGCCAAGCUUUCAAACUUAUAAAGUUCAGGGAUGUUUACCUCACAGCAGUAACAAGCACAGGCAUUGUCAUUUGGGACAUGGAUCUUAUUUCAGUAGCAGCAUCCACUCCAAAAUCUGUUGGGAAAGUGAUGAAAAUCAUUGUGGAAACAAAUGAGGAAUACUUUUACACAACAGAUGGAUCUGAACUGGUGUGGAAGAGGACAUUGUUGGGUGGGAAGGUAGAGGGCCACAUGCUUCACCAUGGUCCUGUAGAAAGCUUGAUUCUUUCUGCAGACAGUGUUUACCUAGCCACUAUUGCCUCUGGAGAUAUCUAUAUUUGGAACACCGGCACACAUGAGAACAUUUACCGAAUCCAUGGCAGCCAAGCAUCUCGCAUACUGACAACUCCAAAAGGAAAUUUUGCAGUGUCACUAUCAGAAACAGGCCCUUCACAAGUCUGGAAGUUGUCCAGUGGACAUGUGGUUUGUACCAUGCACCAUCAUCUCAGAGAUGCUGUAAUUACCCCAGAAAGUACUUUCCUUCUGGGCAUUAAUAAUGGAGAUCUCCUUGCUGUCAGUCUCUGGACUGGUUAUGUCAGCAAACGUUUCUCUUGUCCUGACUGGACACAUGUUGCUGCAUUCCACACUCUGUCAGACUUUCCAGACUAUGUGAUUGUGAUUACCAGUUCAGGAGCUUUGUACUCAUGGAGACUUACAGAAGAGACUGUGUGCUACCAGUUCCAAUUUUCAGAAUGCUUUGAGUAUCCACCAGAGCUCUUUAAGCUCUCAUCAGAUGGAUGUUACGGCAUCAUUUCUGACACUGGUUCCAAGAUAAACGUCUUGGACAUUUGCCAAGGUAAACUGUGCUCUUUGAAUGCUGAGGGACCAGUCUGCCAACCACUUGUUGACAUUUUGGGUAAAUAUGCAGUGUAUAUCUGCAGCCCAUCCGUGAGGUGUCAAAAUGACUCCUGCAAUCUCCAUACCAACCAGAUCUUGGUUGUCAUACGGGUAAUAGAUGGGAAGACAGUAGGCAAGUUCUACCUGUGUAAAAAUGCUACUGCUCUAACAUUUUCAGAGAAGUUGUGUGUGUAUAUUGGAUUUGAUGAUGGCUCUGUUGGAGUGUAUGUUUUUAAUGACACAGAAGAAGGUUACACCAACGUGAAUGCUAAAUUCCAGAGCACUGAACUCGUGUGUCCAUUUGAUGACCCUGUGGUUUGGCUGCCAUUGGCAAACUCUAAUAUUACUUGGGCUAAAUGACUUAUUUAAUUAUGCAUACAGUGAUGCAUACAGUGACAUGGAAUAAAAUAUCAAGUUAAAUGAAAUGACCGUAAAUGAAUAAAUGUCACGUUUAUUGAGGUCAAUAUUGCGAUAUGUUGCCUCACAACCACCCUUGCCCUCGUCCUGUAAAUGCAUUUAAUUAUUAUUCAUGUUAGAGCUAUGAGAAAGACUUGUGUCUGUGUUUCAUGUAGUAAAAUGUAUAUGUUUGGAA